AUGGCAAGACGUGCUGCCUCCAAAGCUUUCAAACAUAUCAAUCGUCCCUUGUAUUUAAGGCGUCGACAAGCAUACUAUGAGGCAUAUCGAGAUGUCGAAAAGCGCAAGUCAGCAGAACGAUCGCGUAGGCGUAAAAAUUUGCCUGAAGAUGAGCUCGCCGCUGCUCGACAGAAGCAUAGAGAAGCACAGGCUCGUUACAGGGCCAAAAACCGCACACUUCUCAAUGCAAAAGCAAAAAUAUAUUACAGACGACGUAAACUUAAAGCUGAAAAGGCGCAAAGGGGGGAGGAGAGUGAAGAAGAGCUCGACGACGAAGCAGAAUGGAUCCGAUUGAGUGCCAUGGCCGAAGAGAUUUCAGAGGAGGAAUGGCUCCGCAGGCACGGAAGGCCAUUAUGA